AUGUCUGACUUCGAUGAGUUCGAGCGGCAGCUGAACGAGAAUAAGCAAGAGCGAGACAAAGAGAACCGUCAUCGAAAACGUAGUCACAGUCGCUCUAGAAGCAGAGAUCGAAAACGACGAAGUCGUAGUAGAGAUAGACGAGGAAGAGAACAGCGCAGUGGCUCUAGGGAUCGGAGGAGGCGUAGCCGGUCCCCAAGGCAUGAAAAGAAAAAGAAGAUUCGCAAAUAUUGGGAUGUCCCUCCUCCAGGUUUUGAACAUAUCACUCCUAUCCAGUAUAAAGCCAUGCAAGCUGCUGGUCAGAUUCCUGCUACAGCUCUCCUUCCAACAAUGACACCUGAUGGACUUGCUGUUACACCCACACCUGUGCCUGUUGUGGGCAGCCAGAUGACCAGACAGGCCCGUCGACUUUAUGUUGGAAAUAUUCCCUUCGGAAUAACAGAGGAAGCAAUGAUGGACUUCUUUAAUGCUCAAAUGCGCCUUGGUGGAUUAACACAAGCACCUGGAAACCCUGUCCUUGCAGUGCAGAUCAACCAAGACAAAAACUUUGCAUUCUUGGAGUUCCGAUCUGUUGAUGAGACCACACAGGCAAUGGCAUUUGAUGGCAUAAUUUUCCAAGGCCAGUCAUUAAAGAUUCGCCGUCCGCACGAUUACCAACCCUUGCCUGGCAUGUCCGAAAAUCCAUCUGUGUAUGUGCCAGGGGUGGUAUCCACCGUUGUUCCAGACUCUGCACACAAGCUAUUCAUUGGAGGUUUACCCAACUAUCUGAAUGAUGACCAGGUUAAAGAGUUGCUCACAUCUUUUGGACCUUUGAAAGCUUUUAAUUUGGUGAAAGACAGUGCUACAGGUCUCUCAAAGGGAUAUGCUUUCUGUGAAUAUGUGGAUAUCAAUGUCACAGAUCAGGCUAUUGCUGGUCUUAAUGGAAUGCAACUGGGAGACAAAAAGCUUCUUGUACAAAGAGCAAGCGUUGGUGCAAAGAAUGCAACAUUGGUAAGGCCUCUUAGCACGAUAAACCAAACUCCAGUAACUCUUCAAGUACCUGGACUCAUGAGUUCUCAGGUGCAAAUGGGAGGACACCCUACAGAGGUAUUGUGUCUGAUGAAUAUGGUUUUGCCUGAAGAACUACUGGAUGAUGAAGAAUAUGAGGAGAUUGUCGAAGAUGUAAGAGAUGAGUGUAGCAAGUAUGGCAUCGUUAAAUCUAUUGAAAUACCACGGCCUGUGGAUGGUGUGGAAGUACCAGGAUGUGGCAAGAUCUUUGUGGAAUUCACCUCAGUCUAUGAUUGUCAGAAAGCCAUGCAAGGACUCACAGGACGCAAAUUUGCAAACAGAGUAGUGGUUACAAAAUACUGUGAUCCAGAUGGUUACCAUCGUCGUGAUUUUUGGUAG